CGGUGAGCCUGUGGCCCGGCGCCGAGCCGGGGGUCUGCGCAUCCCCCUGUGGCCCGCCGACAUGGACGUGAAGGACCGGCGCCACCGCUCGCUGACCCGGGGCCGCUGCGGCAAGGAGUGCCGCUACACCAGCUCCUCCCUGGACAGCGAGGACUGCCGGGUGCCCACGCAAAAGUCCUACAGCUCCAGCGAGACACUCAAGGCCUACGACCACGAGAGCAGGAUGCACUACGGGAACCGAGUCACCGACCUGGUCCACCGCGAGUCCGAUGAGUUCCCCAGACAAGGAACCAACUUCACCCUCGCUGAGCUGGGCAUCUGCGAGCCGUCCCCACACCGCAGCGGCUACUGCUCGGACAUGGGGAUCCUGCAGCAGGGAUACUCCCUGAGCACGGGCUCGGACGCCGACUCGGACACGGAGGGAGGGAUGUCUCCGGAACACGCCAUCCGGCUCUGGGGGCGAGGGCUAAAGUCCAGACGCAGCUCGGGCCUUUCCAGCCGGGAGAACUCGGCCCUGACCUUGACUGACUCCGACAACGAGAAUAAGUCCGACGACGAGACGGGUCGUCCCAUCCCACCUACAUCCUCGUCUAGCCUCCUCCCAUCUGCUCAGCUGCCUAGCUCCCAUAAUCCUCCACCCGUUAGCUGCCAGAUGCCAUUGCUAGACAGCAACACCUCCCACCAAAUCAUGGACACCAAUCCCGAUGAGGAGUUCUCCCCCAAUUCAUACCUGCUCAGAGCAUGCGCAGGGCCCCAGCAAGCCUCCAGCAGUGGCCCUCCGAACCACCACAGCCAGUCGACUCUGAGGCCACCGCUGCCACCCCCUCACAACCACACCCUGUCCCACCACCACUCAUCUGUCAACUCGCUCAAUAGGAACUCACUGACCAACCGUCGGAGCCAGAUCCACGCCCCAGCGCCCGCCCCCAAUGACCUGGCCACCACGCCCGAGUCCGUCCAGCUCCAGGACAGUUGGGUGCUGAACAGCAACGUACCCCUGGAGACCCGGCACUUUCUCUUUAAGACGUCCUCGGGCAGCACCCCGCUGUUCAGCAGCUCCUCUCCCGGCUACCCCUUGACCUCAGGGACCGUGUACACGCCCCCGCCGCGCCUGCUGCCCCGCAACACGUUCUCCCGCAAGGCCUUCAAGCUGAAGAAGCCGUCCAAGUACUGCAGCUGGAAGUGCGCCGCCCUGUCGGCCAUCGCCGCUGCGCUCCUGCUGGCCAUCCUGCUGGCCUACUUCAUAGCAAUGCAUCUGCUCGGACUCAAUUGGCAACUGCAGCCGGCAGAUGGACACACCUUUAACAAUGGGAUAAGGACCGGCUUACCAGGCAGCGAUGAUGGGGCAACAAUGCCAUCUGGAGGCAAAGUGCCCUGGUUGCUGAGGAACAGCAGCAUAGAUAGCGGCGAGGCGGAAGUUGGCCGGAGAGUCACCCAGGAAGUGCCCCCAGGUGUAUUCUGGAGGUCCCAGAUCCACAUCAGCCAGCCCCAGUUCUUAAAGUUCAACGUCUCCCUCGGGAAGGAUGCGCUCUUCGGGGUCUACAUCCGGCGGGGACUGCCACCCUCACACGCCCAGUACGACUUCAUGGAGCGUCUGGACGGCAAGGAGAAGUGGAGCGUGGUGGAGGCGCCCCGGGAACGCCGGAGCAUCCAGACGCUGGUGCAGAACGAGGCGGUGUUCGUGCAGUACCUGGACGUGGGCCUGUGGCACCUGGCCUUCUACAACGAUGGCAGGGACAAGGAGACCGUCUCCUUCAACACCGUCGUCCUAG